AUGGGACUGUACAAUACACUACCCAGUGCAGUGCACGAGGUGGAUGUCAUCGUUGUUGGGGGAGGCACUGCAGGCUGCAUUGUUGCAUCGAGGCUAUCUGACGCGGCCCCCGACCUUUCAGUCUUGGUGGUUGAGGGCGGACCCAACAACCGCGACGUGGCAGAGAUCAUACACCCGGCUCUCUACCGAGCCAACUUUUCCCCCGAUACCACGACAGCCCGUUUCAUAGUGGGAAACGAGGAGGCACAGUUAGCAAACCGCCGCCCGCUGCUGGCUACAGGUUCUGUCCUCGGGGGAGGCUCAUCUGUGAACGGACUCAUAUAUGCUCGGCCCCAAGAGGAUGAUCUCAAUUCCUGGAACACGGCUGGCUGGACAGCAGAAGAGCUUCUGCCUUUCCUUGCGAAAUUUGAGACAUACCACGGGCAUGGAAAUGAUACCAGCCAUGGCUUCAACGGCCCCGUCGACGUAUCGAGUGGAAGGUACAGAGAAGAAACAGUCGGCACAGACUUCGAAGCUGCAGUCAAGAAGCUGGGUUACCACAGGGCAGCCGACGUCCAAGAUCUAGUUACGAACGAUGCUGUGUCAGUCUCACGCCGAUAUGUCUCCCCGGUCUCCGGCAAGAGACAGGAUUCUGCGCAUGCAUUCCUCCACCCCCGGCUCGAAGACGGAAAACACCAAAACCUCCACGUCUUGGUCGCGUCUCAGGUACUUCGAAUCCUCUUCGACGAGCACAAUCAGGCUACGGGGAUCGAGUACAGGCCAAACCCAUCACUCCAGAAGGCCAUCACUGGCAAUGCUACGACUGAGACUGCCACGGCGAGAAAGCUGGUUGUGAUCUCUGCUGGCUCCUUGGGCUCGCCAUCUAUCCUCGAAAGGUCGGGCGUUGGCAACUCUGAAAUCUUGACGGGUCUGGGGAUUGAGGUCAAGCAGCAUCUCCCUGGAGUCGGUCAUGAUCUCCAAGACCACCAUCUCGCGCAAUGGACCUAUCUUGCGAACAUCUCACCACUGGACACAUUUGAUAGCAUUGUGGAUGGUCGCCGGGACUUGCAGCAGCUGCUUGCAACCGACGACCCUAUCUUGAGCUGGAACGGUAUCGACGCCUCCUCGAAGCUCCGACCGACGGACCAAGAGGUCAGCUCGCUCGGCUUGGAAUUUCAAAAUCUCUGGCGCAGAGACUUCAGCAGCCCCAACAAACCACUCGCCAUCAUGCUCGCAGUUGCAGGACGAAUUUCCACACUGGCUAACUCUGAUCAUAAGCAUAUCACCGGGCCAGGAAUGGACGAUCCCGUCAAUGUGAGGGCAGGAUAUCUCAGCGACACUCAGGACUUUGACGUCAAGACCCAGAUCUGGGCGUACAAGAAGCAGAGGGAAAUUGCGCGGAACAUGCCGUGCUUCGCCGGUGAGAUAGCGUCCCAGCACCCGAAUUUUCCGGCGUCUUCCAACGCGGCUGUUGUCGACAGCGGCGAAGGCCCGCUGCCAAAAAUUAUCAUAUACACCGCCGAGGACGACCAAGCUAUCGAAGAAUAUGUGCGCCAGAACAUCGGGACGGCGUAUCACUCGCUCGGCACAUGUAAGAUGGCACCGUUGGCUCGGAUGGGCGUGGUGGAUGGCCAUCUCAACGUACAUGGCAUGAAGCGGUUGAAGGUGGCAGACCUUAGCAUUGCCCCGGAGAAUGUAUCGGGCAAUACGAACAGCGCUGCCAUGAUGAUUGGCGAGAAGGCGGCUGAUAUUAUCAUCAAGGAACUUGGGCUUGGCCACUAA